AUGGCAGGUGAUCAAUCAAUGAUGGUAGAGUUACCAACUCAGUUGGGUGAUCAAACUGAGUUCGUUGAUCCUGAGGAAGAUGUGACGGUAAAGCUACAUUCACAAACGCAGCCGCGAUCGCCUCCACGGACUCAGGGUCCCAAGGUCGAUCAGGGCCAAGACAUGUCGCUUAUGGCUAGACAGUUGGACCGUCAACGUCAGACACGAACCCCCGAGCCACAGAAGCGACGGAGUAAUAGGUCUGAAAUGCAGAGCCCCGGCCAUCUUGUUGCAUUUGAUUGGGAAGACUUCGAGGAUCGCUACGAGAAAGCUCUACAAGAGGCUGAUGAGCAAGAGAAGCAGCUCUUGGAAGAGUUUGAUACUCUUGUCAAGUACUUCAACGUCUGGGCGUCAGCUUCGUCUGCCCAUGAUAAUGAGAGGGCGGUUAAGAGAUUGCAAACUCGCGAAAGACAUGUGCGCCUUUCUGAGCAAGCACUCUUACAAAAGAAGCAACAUCUAUCCGAAGUGGUGAAGGCCUUCCAGAGUGCUCUGGCACUUCUGAGAUCAUCUUGA